AUGGAAAUCGACUUUGACAUUCCCAAGUUUCUUUCUCAGGAAAGACACAAAGCACCUGCUAAUCUCCAACAUUAUUUCUCAACAUUUGAGGAUCUUUACGAGCGCAAGUUGUGGCAUCAGUUGACCCUCAAGGUUCUAGAAUUCUUCAAAGAACCUGCUUCAGGUCCUUUCCAGAUUCCAAUCUAUCAGCAAUUUGUAAGCCAAUGGGAGAAACAGAUCAACGCAUUAUCUCUUGUCUCUAUUGCUCUCAAGGCAGCAACACACUUCAAAGAUCCCAAUGAUGCUGUCGAAUUCUUGGAAAUAUUGGUCACCAAAGUUGAUAAACCUGACACCAAGGAUGUUCACGUUCAUGCUGUCAUGGAAGCUGCCAAUUUCAAGCUCAAACUUAACCAACUCGAUCAAGUAAAAAAGGCCAUCGAUAGUUCCGAAAAAACACUUGAGAGCCUCGAUAGCGUUGAUACUGCCAUCUACGCAAGUUUCUACCGUGUUAGUGCUGCAUACUACAAGGCAAAGGGAGAAUAUGCUGCUUAUUACAAGAGCGCUCUGUUGUAUCUUGCAUGUGUAAAUGUGGAUGAGCUUUCAAAUGAAGAGAAGGUAGAGAGAGCCUACGAUCUGGCUAUUGCUGCUCUCUUGGGCGAAAUGAUUUACAACUUUGGUGAAUUGUUGAUGCAUCCUGUUCUCGACGCACUGACCAACACUCAAAAUGAUUGGCUUCGCUCUCUUCUCUUCGCUUUCAACAGCGGUGAUAUUGGAAAGUUUGAGGCACUCGCACCUCAUUUUGCUAAAUUGCCUUUGUUGCAAGAGAAUGCCGCUUCACUUAGUAGAAAGAUUUGUUUGAUGUCCUUGAUCGAAGCUGUGUUCCGUCGUGCAGGCGAUAGUAGAGAUAUUCCCUUUUCUGAUAUUGCAGCAGAAACUCGCCUUCCCGUAGAAGAGGUCGAGCAUUUGGUUAUGAAAGCCUUGUCAUUAAACUUGAUCCGUGGCUCCAUUGAUCAAGUCGAUCAAAUUGUCACAGUUACUUGGGUCCAACCCCGUGUCUUGGAUAAGGACCAGAUUGAUGGUAUGAGACGACGAUUGGAAGACUGGGAUAACCAAGUCAAAAAGAUCAGUGGUUUCUUGAGUGAGCAGGGUGGUGAGGUGUUUGCUCAGUAA